UGCCCGUGGCUGCUGCAGCCCAGGCUGAAGACCAGCACUUGUAGUUCUUCACUAAAUGAGGAACGGGCAAAGUGGUCUUCAGAACUUAGCCUGCUCCUAAAUGAAAAGUGUUCUAAUUCUUAGAGUCAUUGUUCUUGGAUGUAGCAUGAGCUGCUGUUCUCUGAAAAUGUCAAGGCAUUCUUUAGGCAAACUGCUGAGAGGAAGGGAACAUCCCCUCCUCUCCUGGAAUUCACUUUGCAAUAUUCUUUCUGCUCUGCAAAAAGCAGAUGUUGAUAAAAAUUCAUCCCAGAUCCCAGGGUGCACUGAAUCUUUGGAAGUAUGUAAUCUUGUGCUGAAUCUCCCAAGAGAGUGUUUCUUCCCAAGAAAAUGAAGGCUCCUGAUUUUUCAGCCCUCCUUCCCGUUUGUAGAUGACAGCCGCUUGCCUUGGUGCCUGUUUGUCUUCUGAUUUCUGUCUGCUCUGAUGGUUUUUCCAUGGGCUUAGUUUCCCCUCAAGGCAACCCUGGAAAGGAGUGUGGGAGAAUCAGACUCUGUGCAGAGCUGCCUGUUUUGCUGGGGCUGCUGUUGUUGUUGUUGUUGUUGAUGUUAUCGUUAGCCAAAAGACCACAAAUUGCUCAGAGCCCCAGAGAGUGGAGCUGGGUUUCAGAUCUCCUGCAAGCUCAAUCUCUCUGUUUUGAACUUUGCUUCUUGCAUUUUGUUUCUUUCAGGGUGUGUGGUGAGUGUGGAAGAUCCAGAAAAGAAGUACACUGGAUGGGAACAUCUUGGCAGUGGGGGCUUUGGAGCUGUUUAUAAGGCCUUCGACACUGCCACAGGACAAGCGGUGGCUGUAAAGGAACUUUAUCUCCAGCACCAGGGCUGUGAGGGAGUAUUAAAAGAAAUCCUGCUCAUGAGAGAAAAUAAGAACGCCAAUAUUGUCAGCUACUUAAAAAGCUACCUUGUGGAUGAGGCUGUCCUGCUGGUGUUGGAAUAUAUGGAUGGAGGCUCCUUAGCUGAUGUGGUCACCGUGAGAAGGAUGGCUGUAGGACACAUAGCAACAGUGUGUCGGGAGUGCCUGCAAGGCCUGGCUUUCCUUCAUGCCGAGCAGGUGAUCCACAGAGACAUCAAAAGUGACAACAUCCUUCUGGGCUGGGAUGGCUCCGUCAGGCUGGGUGGGUAUUCCUGCUGA